AGCUCCCAGGCCCGCCCGGCGGGGAAGUGGGGGUGGGACGGCCCCGAGUCAGACGCUCCCGACAGUUCCCGGGCCGGCCAGGACAGCCGCUGUCCGGCCGCUCCCCAGCGCUAGGAAACCCCAACCCCCCGCGAGCCCCGGACGCGCGGUCGCUUUAAGGCCGGGCGGGGCGGCUGAGCGGCGGCGCGGCACCUGGAGCUUCUUCCCGGAGCCCCGGCACCCCGAGUCUCCGCCCGACCCGGAGCCCGCGAGGACGCGGAUCCCGGAGAGACCCAGGAACCGGGGUCCCCAGGCCCGCGCCACGCUCCCGUCUGACUGUCACCAUGCUUGCGUGCCUGCACCACGUCUGACAGCUGGCCCCUUGAUGACAGCGUCUGAGAUGUGUGACAGGGGCCAGGUGGCCUCUACCCUGCGCUACUGCCUGACCGUCAGCGGCAUGGUGGUCCUGGUGGCCGGGACACUGUGCUUCGCUUGGUGGAGUGAAGGGGAUGUGGGUGCCCAGCCAAACCAGCCAACCCCGUCCACCGGGUACCCCACUCCCAAGGCACCCAGUACUCUACUCAGGUCGGUCAGCUUCUUCUGCUGUGGCGCAGGUGGCCUUCUGUUGCUCUUGGGCCUGGUAUGGUCUGUCAAGGUCAGCACCUGGGGGCCACCUGGAUGGGAUCCAUAUUACCUUUCCAGAGACCUGUACUACCUCACUGUGGAGCCCUUGGAGAAGGAGAGCUGCAGGACCCCGGAGCUGGUUGCCAUCCCCACCUACGAGGAGGCUGUGCAGUGCCCCCUGACUGAGUUUUCCCCGCCGCCACCUGCCUACCCAGUGGAGGAAGGCCUGAAAUGCAACAUGUCUGGGGAUCCCCUUCUUGGAACCCAGCACCCCCUUCCUCCCCCUAGCUAUGAGAGCAUCGUCCUAGCUGUUGGGAGCGCCUCUGGAGAGACAGCACCUGGCGCUGCAUGCUACUGCCCAGGCCCCGCUCAGACUGCAGGGGAGGAGCCAUGUGCCUCAAAAUCAGAAACAAGUGACAAGCUCUUCUAGUGUCUACUACGGAGCCUGGUACACAGUAGGCGCCGCUCAACCACUGUUUGUUGCUGAGUGCUGGUUUACUUAUCUAUUGCUGUUAACAAAUGGCUUCAGAUAAAUGCACUUUAUUACCUGUCAUGAGUCUGUGGGCAGCCUGGGCCCAGCUGGGUGGUUCUUUUACGCUACAUGAUUGGGGGCUGGGGACUGCAACUGUCAGGGUCCCCGCUGGGUCGGAAUGUCCAACAUGGCAGGCUCAUGGCUGGCAGUUAGUGCUGGCUGGCGGCUGGGAGGUUUUGUUGUGCAGUGAGAACACGGGGGCCCAGAAGCUGGGACUGGCUGAAGGUCAUGUCAUGUUUAUAACCAAAAGAACACGGACUCCGAAUUCAUACCACCCUCUGCAUAGGUGCUACCACGUCCCUGCUGAGUGAUUGUGGACAAGUCACUUGACCGCUCUCUGCCUCCAUCUCCUCAUCUGUAAAAUGGGAAUUGGGAAUUACGGUAGAACCAGACCCUACCUCAGAGAACUAAGUUGUGGGGGUUAAGUGAGAUGACAGCAGUUGACACUGUGACCUACCAGCUCAUGCCAUCAAGUUAAAUAUGGCUUCUGCUCCCAUACCUCCUGGGACAGGGAGCUCACCACUCCUUGGUUUGCAGGUAAUGACAGAAAGGUCUGCUUUCUCUCCAGCCACAUUUUGUACCCCUACAUCUCCACCCCAUUUCACAGAUGAGAAAACCAGCUCAGAGAAGCUAAGUAACCUUUCCAAGGUCACACCGCAGACAAAGACUCAAGCUCCUAGGUGGAACUAGCUGGCUAAGGGUGGCGUUCCCUGAGGGCCUCCUGCCUGCUGGGCCAGGCCCUCUGGGUGGUAUUGCCAUGUAGCAGCUGUGGGAACGGAGUCUCAGAGAGGUAAAAUCAGACAGCAGAAAAGCAGAGCCAGUGUUUUCAUUCAGGCUUGGUGGGCUCCAGGCCUGAGAUCCCAUCCCGUCUCCUAGUGUCUGCCAACGUCCCUGCAGCCUGUUCUCAGUGUGGUCUCCAGAAGGAGCCAGAUCAAGUACAGAUCUAGGAGGUGCACAGAGCUCUGAGUAGCUCCGUGCCCACUUUGAGUUACAAAACCAUAACUCAGUGUGUGGGCAGGGCCAGUGCCCCUAGGGCUGCCCUGCUGCUUACUCUCUGCCACACACUGUGGGGCCUGCCACUACCCUCUCCCCCACUUCUCCUCCCCUCAUCACCUCCUCGCCACUCUCUCUCUCCCUGAGGCCCUUGCUCUUAAAAAGCUGAAUCCCACCUGGCUCCUGCUCAUUUAUUCUUAUGUCACCACAUAACAUUUUACUUCAAAAAUUGUCUUUUGCUUGUUUGCUGUAUGUUUUUCCUACCAGGAAGCUCCAGGAAAGCCUAGAGAAGGUGCUGGGCACCAGGAAGAUCUCCCUAGAUAUUUGUUGACUGGUUGAGU